CAGGCAGAAGGGCGAUACCCGGCAACGGAGACAGCGAGCGGCGCGGCCCCGUACCUGGAGACAAUUCUGAGCCCAGUAAGUUGUGAUCCAUGGCUACAGUGAUAACAUGCCGAAGAUUUCCAGGAGGAGUUCGCAGCAUGGUUGCAUUUUCAACUACAACCAAGUGCGGGACCAAGAUGAGAAUUCCUAGUAGAAAACAAAAGGAGGAUGAGAGCCCUGAAGUGAGUGACACAGAUGCUAAAGCUGCGGCUUCUAUCGGAUUGCUGAACCUUCUGGAGUACAGAGUACUUUAUAAUCCAUCGGCCUACACAGGAACCAAAACCGCAUCCCAUCAGAAUGCUGCUAGAAACUGUGAAGAUAGUGAAGGGCCACUUGGAAAUGAAUUCUCCAGCCUCAGUGCUAAGCAGUUUCAGAAUACGUACAGUGUCACCUGUUCUCGAAGCCGGUCAAGCACAAAACACACCUUGCUGGAUCUGGAGUUCCAUAAAACUCUUUCCACACAGGCCAGCUCAGUACCUCCAGCCACGCUGGAGCCCAAGGAAGACAAAUUGCUAGACGCUGAUGUGGAGACCUUUGACUCUAUGAAAGUCUCCAGAAUGUUUCAGAAGCACAGACCCGAAUACCGAUCUCUAAGUUAUGACAAGUCUGAGACCUUGCAGGUCCUUCCUCUAGAAGAAGGUGACUUGAUAUUACAUAAAGCAACUGUACCUAAGAGUGGCCUGAUCCCAGGAACCAUUGUGGAAUAUUUUUGCAAGCUGAGCUGUUUGCCAGUGGAGCAGCAUGUGAUGGUGAUAUCCAAUAUUAAGUUUAAGAUGCUGUGUCGUUACGGAGUUGAAAACAUCCAGCUGUUUAGCAUCUCAGAACUCACUGACAUUUUAAAGGCCUUUAUCCGUUUAGGCAUUCCACCAACCGACUCCAUGCUGAGUGUGUAUGAAACUGAAUUUUGCCAUCGAGUCUGGAACAUGAGCCUGGAUCAGCUACUGCUGGUGGCUGACCUGUUGCGCUGCUUGGGAUGCAGUGUGCCUCACUAUUUACAGAUCUCCUUCAGUUAUAUUAACUUGCAUUGGCAAGACCUCACCUUGCCUCAGCUGGUUCAGUUGAUUUAUAUCAUAGGUGAAGGCCGGAGAGUGCCCCAAGCUUUAAUGCAGAAGUUGGAGACUUUAGUGUUGAAGUACUUGAAUUCCUUCAACUUGGAGGAAGUGGGCACCAUUUCCUUGGGGUUCUUCAAGUCCAAGAGUGCCUUUUCUGAGCAUCUCAUGAGAAAAAUUGGAGACAAGGUGUCAGGCCACUUGGCAGACAUGAGCAAUUAUGCUUUAGUGAAUGUACUUAAGAUGUUCCGCUAUACUCGUGUCAUUCAUUUAGAAUUCUUGAAGCAACUUGGGAAAGUCGUUCCUCCUCGGAUUGGUACUAUAGGCAUCCAGGGUGUCAUGCACAUAACUCUUGCCUGUUCAGCCUUGCAUUAUCUCGAUGAAGGGAUUAUGAAUGCAGCAGCCUUUUUGGUGCCUUCCAGGGUGAUGUAUUGCCGUAGCAAAGAUGUUGCUAAAUUCUUGUGGUCAUUCGGAUACCUGAAUUAUGAGCCGCCUAAUGCAGAGAGGUUUUACUCCAGCCUCAUAGAGCAGAUGUACAGAAAGAUGUAUGAAUUUGAGAAGUUCCCACAACAUUUCCUCACCUGUUUGUUGGCUCUGGCAUUUGCUGGGCACUUCCCAGAUGACCUGAUAGAUUACGCUCUGAGUGCUGAAUUUAUUCAGUUAACCAGGGAGAAUAAAUUUGCUCUUGAAAAGGACCUGUUCGCUCUUGGUGGCAGUGUAGAGAUCGAGUGUCCAGAUUACAAAGGUAAUCGCCUUACGCCGCAGUUUCGGCAAGAGGUUACUGAGAUGCUGUGGAAUUCUGUGAAGAAGGAAUUCUGCGUAAAGCCGGAAGUGACAGAAGCUGUCUCUGUACUUGAGGUAAUGUUAGGUGGACCCCAGUAUGUCAAAAACCACAUGAUUUUGCCUCACACUAGAUCAAAUGAUAUAGAGGUCCACUUGGGCAAAGACCGAAAGCCGUUACCUUUUAACUUAGAAGCUGCCGCAGCAGCUAAAGGAGAACUGCAAGACAUUGGAGUCAGUCUCAAAUAUAACUUAAAGAAUCAGCUGCUGAAGGAGUCCAGUGGCAAGUCACCUGUGGGCAAUAAAACUCAGACAGAGACUUGUAGCCAGAAGGAGGCAGUAGAACAGAAGCAGGCUCCACCCAUUAGGAAUCAUUCUGCAUUUUCAUAUGAGGUUCCUCUGACUGAUACCAUUUUGAAUGUCUUGACCAAACCAAAGACCUCUCCUGAAAAUCGUCUCUCCCAGCUAAGGCCGCUGCCCAGAGACGUGAAGCUAGCCAUUCAGGUGUCAAACAAGAGCCACUAUUGUUAUUGUUCUAAACAGUUGUUGGGACUGCCCAGCUUGAAAAGGAGGCAGCUACAGAAACUGGGCUAUGUGGUAGUCGAGGUGCCCUUUUGGGAAUGGGUUCCUUUGCUCAGACAGACCUAUUCAGAGAAACUGAGCUACCUGCGCCACAAAGUGUUCGACUCGGUUCUUUAAGAAUAACAGUGUCCUCAAAAAGCUGUUUGACAAAUUAAUGCCUGAAUCAAGUUCUGAAGGGGAAUCUGCCUGGCUAUACAGAGUGAAAUAGCCAUACAGAUGCUUCUGUCUGUUGUUUCUCAUCACUGUUUAAAAUAGUCCCUCUCUUAAAGUAACUUACUUUGGUGGCAGAGCAUGUAGGCAGAGACUUGACAACCAUGUUAGCAGGUUCAUCCUUCUGCCUCAUCUAAGGCUGUAAAUCCCAAGCUUGUUCAGCUGUGUAAGGAGAUCCCAGAAUGAUUCUAUU